CUUUUGCAUAACUCCACAGCAUUUGUGGUUCACUUGAAUUGCUUGUUUCAAAAUCCUGUACCAGGUUUUAUACUUGAGUUCUGUCAUGCUUCAUUCCUAUCAACUUCCUGUAAUCCUAUACCAGAGGGUAAAAAUAUUGGUGGUACUGUUUUGGAAAAAAAAAAAAAAGAGGCACAUCUGUGACUAGGAUAGUAAGCAGUGCUCGGUUGGUGCGGUUGAGACAAGGAGUAGUUUGAGUCUGAAAUGUUCGACUGUUGUUCUUGGGCUGGAUUCUUUCCUGCAAAUUGAAGAAGGUAUAAUUGAAACAAGGUUGUAUUGGUUUCACUCAGAGUGCAACAGCUCAGCUGUGCUGAAAGGUCAGUAGAAAUCAAGUGAUCUGCAAAUAAAUGUCUCUGGUGUGCUAGGAAUCGAACAGCAUUAAUGAGUUUUGUGUCUUCGGAAGUUUGCUUCAGAAUGCCUGUCUUCUUACACUAGCAACAUUUGCUUAGUAAUGAAACCGUGAAGGAAUCUGUAACUGCAGGAUUCUGGGUUACAUUCAGACAUCAAUGGCUACCCACAGUGAAAAAUCCUGCCUGCUGCUUUCAAGUUCUGUGUUUAAGGAGAGUUUCAUAAUGGCUUUAGCUUGUUUAUAUACUACAGAAUAGGAACUGAUGGCACGUAGGCUACGCUUGCAUUUUGCUGCCAGAAGAAGCAAUACUGAUCCUCUGUCAGAGUUCUACAGAGAUGGAUUGGAUAAUAAUGAUCAUGUUUCGUUCCAGGGCUCUUCACAUAUUGCAACUCCAAAAAUUAUUGAGAUGACGGUAGCUCCAGCACAACUCAGUUUACCACCAUUGCCACAGGAUCUGGUAAAUUCCCAGCAGAGUUCUUCCUUAUUUAUACCACAAGUCAGCAGCAACAAAAAGAGCUCUUCUUUACAAAUUUCUUUGCAGUCUAGGAAGUUAAAUGGCUGUCAUGAAGCAUGUCAGAGCAUUGUAGCUAAUGCAUGUUGCAGUUUGCCUGGAGGCAGUAAUAUUGGUGACAGCAGUUCUUGUAGCACUUUGACCAGUGAUAGUGGAUCUUGUAGUAGCAACACCAGUGACUAUGGGUCAUGUUGCAGCACUGCAAGUGAGGGAGGAUCUUGUAUCAGCAGUACAACAAGUGAUGGUAGCUCCGGCAACAGCAGUGCUACAAACCUUUAUGGUAACAGUGAUGGAGUUACUUCUAACAGUAAUACCUUAAGUAAAAUUUCAUUCAGAAGCAGAAACUUCAUUCCCUUUGAUAAUGAAUCUGUUGUAAGAGUGCUAGAUGCACCAAGGUCAUUGCCGAAACGAAAGAAUAAAGCACCACUGAGGCGUUGUUCAUCACUUGUUAUUUUUCCUCGGAGCCCUUGUAGCACUCCUCCAACUUCUCCAACUUCUCCAACAAGCUCAGGAUCUUUGCUGAGCGGUGGUUCUUCUCAGACAUCCAACCAGUUUUUGUUGUGUGCUAGUGAACCUGUACAAGCUGAGAAUCAGUUAGAAGCAAGGGGUUCAGUUGCAGCAGCAGCCAGUGGAUUACGACUGUCGAAAAAUGUUUGCCCUUUGGGAGACACUAGGGACAUCAAACCACUUCAGUCAAGUGGGCCUGCACAGGAUAUAAACCAGAUACCAAACAACUGUCUGGAACAGUUUAUUAGGCAAAAACCAGAGAGACAUUCUAGUGUUUUACUGCAUUUUACACAACAAAGAGCAGACAAUUUGACAUCUCUUUCAUGUAACACAGAGCACACAGAAAACCCAUCAUUAAGUGCUGGUACAAAACAUCCUCACAUAAAACUGAUAAGAAGCACCUCCGCGUGCUUGCCAUUAAGGAAAAAUUCAGAAUGUCAUAUUAGUACUGAUGGGACAGUUCAGAGACAUGGCCGAAUUAAACAUCAUCAUCAUCAUCAUCAUCUUCAAAGAAGUCUUUCAUUUGAAGGAAAUUAUAAGCAAAUCUCCUGCCAUUUGUCUAACUUCAAACAUCCCAAUUCAAAAGCAGGUGCUCCUCACCUACAUAUACAUUUAACUCCCAGUACUGAUGGGAGGAUGUUGAGCAACUUAUGCAGUAUUGAGAGAGGCCCAAAAAAGGAACCUGUAAGGACCAUUGUAGGAAGAGGUCAUGAGACAAGAAAUGAUUUUCUAGGCCAAGUGGAUGUUCCUCUUCAUCGUGUACCGACAGAAAAUCCAAACAUGGAGAGACCAUAUACAUUUAAAGAUUUUCUUCUUCAUCCAAGAAGUCACAAAUCCAGGGUCAAAGGCCAUCUUAGACUGAAGAUGACUUAUUUGCCAAAAAAUAAUGGAUCAGAAGAAGAAAAUAUGGAACAUACUGAAGAAUUGGAGCCUGGCUGGGAAAUACUGGACCAACAACCUUCUACUAGCCCACAGCAGCAACUUCCACCACUACCUCCAGAAUGGGAAGAGAGACAAGACAACCUGGGAAGAACCUAUUAUGUCAACCACGUAACUAGAAUAACUCAGUGGCAACGACCAACAAUUCAGGACACCACAGUUGAUGCAAACGUUCAUCUUGAGGCACGACGAGCAUUUAAGUCUCGCAGGCAUAUAUCUGAAGAUGCAGAACAGUCUGACAAUAGAGAGUCUCCUGAUAGCUGGGAAAUAAUAACAGAAGAUGAAGCAACAAUAUAUAGCAAUAACAAUCCUCCUGCUCCGGCGCUUAGUCUUUCACCUCCUGCCCUGAGGGCUUUUGAUAGACAAGUGGACCUUGCAGAGGACAUGAACAGAAACCUUCAGAUGUCUGAACCUGAAGCCACCAGUCAGCAGAAUUCUUGCUCUAGCCAUUCCAACUGUGAUAGAACUGCUCAGGCUGGAACCUUUGAAGAACUUCCCGUUCAUCCAAUAUUGUUGCCCACUACAGCUGGUUUACCACCAGGCUGGGAAGAGAAACAAGAUACCAAAGGAAGAGUGUACUAUGUAAAUCAUAAUGACAGGACAACUACUUGGAACAGACCAGUUACACAGACUAGCAAUGGAGCAUCAGAUCAAGAUUCCUCCUUAAACACCUCUUCCGAGUCUGCAUACAGCACUCCUAAUCGCAGUCCUGUUCAGCAACAGAAAUAUGAGCAGGGCUUUCUUCCUACAGGCUGGGAAAUGCGUCAUGCAGUGAAUGGAAGACCAUUUUUUAUUGAUCAUAACACUAAAACUACGACAUGGGAAGAUCCAAGACUGAAAAUUCCAGCUCAUAUGAGGAGCAGACCACCUUUAGAUCCUGCUGAUCUUGGACCUCUUCCUGGUGGAUGGGAAGAAAGAAUCCACAGCGAUGGAAGAGUGUUUUAUAUAGAUCACAAUACAAAAAACACUCAGUGGGAGGAUCCUCGGUUACAAAAUGUAGCAAUAACUGGACCGGCAGUGCCUUAUUCUCGUGAUUAUAAACAGAAAUAUGAGUAUUUCCGUAAGAAACUGAAGAAACCAACUGAUAUCCCAAAUCGAUAUGAAAUGAAAUUACAUCGAGGUACAGUACUUGAAGAUUCUUACAGAAAGAUCAUAUCUGUAAAGAGAGCAGAUAUUCUUAAAUCCCGCUUAUGGAUUGAAUUUGACAGUGAAAAGGGACUGGAUUAUGGUGGAGUAGCCAGGGAAUGGUUCUUCCUCAUCUCCAAAGAAAUGUUUAAUCCAUACUAUGGACUGUUUGAAUAUUCUGCUAGUGAUAAUUACACCUUACAAAUCAAUCCGAAUUCAGGCUUGUGCAAUGAAGACCAUCUCUCCUACUUCACAUUUUUUGGGCGUGUGGCUGGAAUGGCAGUUUUCCACGGCAAACUAUUAGAUGGUUUUUUUAUCAGACCUUUUUAUAAGAUGAUGCUACAGAAGCCUAUAACACUCAAUGACAUGGAGUCCGUGGACAAUGAAUACUACAAUUCUUUAAAAUGGAUUCUGGAAAAUGAUCCUUCUGAGCUGGACAUCAGGUUUACAGUUGAUGAAGAACUCUUUGGCCAGACUCAUCAUCAUGAACUAAAGGAAAACGGAUCUGAGAUAGUGGUUACCAAUGAAAACAAGAAGGAAUAUAUUCAUCUUGUAAUACAGUGGAGAUUUGUGAACAGAAUACAGAAGCAGAUGACAGCUUUUAAGGAGGGCUUUUAUGAACUGAUACCUCCAGAUCUUAUUAAGAUAUUUGAUGAACAUGAACUAGAGCUGUUGAUGUGUGGGCUUGGAGAUGUGGACGUGAAUGACUGGAGAGAAAAUACCAAAUACAAGAACGGAUAUCAUGCAGCCCAUCCAGUAAUCCAGUGGUUCUGGAAGGCAGUGUUACUAAUGGAUUCUGAAAAGCGUAUUCGAUUGCUGCAAUUUGUCACUGGCACAUCACGUUUACCGAUGAAUGGAUUUGCUGAAUUGUAUGGAUCAAAUGGACCACAGCUGUUUACUAUUGAGCAGUGGGGAGCUCCAGAGAAACUUCCUAGAGCCCAUACCUGCUUUAACCGUUUGGACUUGCCUCCGUAUGAGUCUUUUGAUGAUUUACGAGAAAAACUUCAUAUAGCAAUUGAGAAUGCUCAAGGUUUUGAUGGAGUAGACUAACUCCGGACAUCAUCUUUUAUCAGUGUGUUGUAACAUUUGUAAAUUAUUUGCAAAUGGAGACUCUUCAUGCAACAGGCUGUUAACACAUGGCCCUAGUCUGUCUUCAAGUAUGCAGUCAUCCAUUUUUAUGCCUAAAAGAAAGACAACUGUAAGGUAUAGAGCUAGUAUCAGGAGAGUUAAAUGGUUUCUCUCCAGUUUCUUGUUUUGCACAUAUGCAGAAUAUGCAGAGUACUGCUUAUACAGAAAUUAUCUCUGUCCUUUCUAUUUACUUCUGCCAUUGGUAAAAGAUUGGUUGUCUUUUUACAACCUUUACAAUAUCUGAUUCUUUUAGACUGUUAACUGUUAUCCUGCUUUUCCAUGUGAAACUACUGUUGACUCUUACUGUGAAGAAAACAGAAUUGUUGGAUACCAACGAUGGAGACACAGUCAUUAUCAAGUCAGAAGAUUUAAACAUUUCAGUUCAGUUUUGGUUUACUACAAUCUGCUAAAUCAUGUUAUUUGCUGCUUCAUAUCCAUGAUUUUUUUGUAAUGAUAUCAUGGCACCUUAGUCAUUGUGUACAAAGGGGUACAUUCAGAUUAUUAUUUUUUUCCUUCAGGGACAGAGAAUUUUCAUUGAUACACUUUAAAUUCCAGUACAAGUCUAUUAGCUGCUAAUAUUAGAUCUCUUCUUAAAGGGGUCUGUUGUCAUGUAGUGCUUGUGUGUAUUAAUCAUUUUUGUUUGUUUUCACUACAUUGAUGUCUAACUUGAAGUUGGUAGGCCACUGUAGUAUGGCUGUGUUGUCCCAGCAAGUUUACUGACUCAGUUUUUCUGUUAAAAAGAAAACUACCUACCAGUUAAAGAGACAGCAUGAUCUUGUGGGUAAAGAUUCAGCCUGGAAAACUCAGAUAGUUCAUAUCCUGAAUAUUGGGAAAGAAGAAUUGUUAGCAAUUGUCUUAGUUUCAGUCAGACAUAGAAAUCAGUACUGGCAAAAUACCACUGAGUACUGGCUCCCCGACAAGAUACCAAGUCAUUUGUGAUCGACUUACAAAAGAACAGUUGUAAGUGAAUGAAACCCUGGGAAUAUAAACAGCAUUCUGAAACAGAAAAAAAUGUUUCUUAUGGUGUGGCCCACCACUUGCAACCUCUGUAUUCACACACAUUUUAUAUAUAUAUAUAUAUAUAUAUAUAUAUAUAUAUAUAUAUAUAUAUAUAUAUAUAUAUAUAUAUAUAUAAAACUCUGAGGUUGCACCAUCACAGAGAAAGGGGAAAUACACAGCAGACCACCAAGACGUCCAGCAGUUGAUCACUAGUGAUAGACAUUUCAGUGUUGAUCACUAAUGUUUCAGCAUGUAAACCAUGCUCCAGUGAAAGGUACAUAGUUUUUCUCCAGGGAUUUUUUUGUGUUAAAAACUAAAACAAGAUAUGGCCAAUGCAGAAUUAACUGUAUAUAUAGUCAUGCCAUGGUAUCUUUAAGCAAAUACUUAAAUAUAAUUUAUUGCAUUUUUAUAUUAUUAAAUAUUUGUUUAAUGUAUUAGGAAACCACAGCAUGUAGUAAAAUUAUAUGUUCAGCAUACAAGAAACCUUCAGACAGAAGCAUAUUGUUACCCAUAAUCUCCGCACAGUGAGAGGUGAGAAAGCUGGCAAAGCCACAGUGGAAACUCAGCUGAGGAGAAGCAUGUUCAUCCUGAAGUAAUUGGUGUGUAAAUCAUAAAGUGUUUAAGGUUAGUUCUUUUGUGACACAUUAUAUUAGCCUCUUCUUCCAUCUUCAUACAAAUCUACCAGCUUAAUUGUGUAUAGGUUCUGUUUCAUAAAAGCACAUUUGCCCAGCACAUAGGUCCUCAUUUGGUUAUAAAUGCCAUUAAAACAUCUGGUGAAACUCCAGGUACAUGUUUUUCAUCUCUCCAGUCAGCUCUCCGUUUAUUUGGCCCUACAGUCUGUGGCACUGUGAAGGAAACCAGAAAGUAUUGUUUGUGCAGUCUUUUCAUAGAAAAAUAUAUUAUUGAUGUCCCCAUUUGUUGGGUAAGUUAAGUAUAAGCCUAGAUGAAUACUUUCAAUUUUAUAUAAAAAUAUUUCCAGGAGAAACCCAAAACCAAUGUAAGAUCUACAUUGUGGAUAUCUACAAGUGUUACAGCAGCUAAUAUAGCAUGAAAGGAGAUAAAGGAUAGCUAUAAGUAUGUAUUUAAAAUGUUUUGGUCAGCUGGUCAACAUCUGUCAUGUGCAGUGUUAAGUGCAGAAUUACACAUACUGUAUAGUAUGCAAUUAACUUAAGGUGUAGACCGCUAGCAUAAAAUAUCAAGAAAAAACUAGAAAGGAAAUAUGAUUAUCUUCAAGGGGUAGGGCCCCCUCAUUGGAGUUGUUUUGUAGCUUGUAUCUCCACUAAUGUAUACUAUGAUGGACUUAGUAUGUAAAAAUGUAUUCCAUGUUCUGUUAAUUUCUUCUGUGCUUGUGCCAUCAUGUCAUGUAGUUCUCAUGACCACCGUCACCCAAAUUUAGCAAAGUGGAAAGAUUUUGAAUGAAGAAAUGUCUUACAUGUAGGGCUGAUUUUAUGGUUAACAUCACAUUCCUAUAGAAGAAAUGCCAGUGAUAAAUGCAGCAACGAAGAAAUGAAAACGGUAGCCCACUUAAAAAGACAUCUGUAUAGAUGGUAUCUUUUCUGUAAAAGUUUAUAUUUUAGCACAGACUUCUUUUGGUGUUGAUGCACACCAUAUCCCGACAUUAACUUUCAGUGUGUAACAUAGCAUAGGUCUACAUUCAUUGUUUGGCAAAUGCAGCAGAAAUAGGGCAAUGUUAUAGUUUUUUCAGGAAGAUGAUUUUAAGGAUGAAAUGUUAGUAUAGAUGGUAAUGCUUUAAAGUUGCUGAAUUCGUGAUAACUUACUGCAUACAUUCUGGCGUAAGAAGAAACAUCUUGUCAAAGAACUGUUUGAUAUUUAUUUGAAGUAUAUGCAUCCUAUAGAUGAGAUUUAAAUUGUUCAAUUGUGUUUAAGUUGGAACCAUUGCAUUUCUGUUUUUCAGCCAGCUCCAUUCCUGUAUUUUAAGUUCCAGUGUGAUAGUCCUUAAAAUAAUAGUAUACAAGAUACUGGAGUUUUCAGCUGAAUUUUUUUAUAUUCAGGAAAAAUAAAAUGUGCUACAUGUGGGAAAUAGGAUAUAAACGUAUACCUUCAGAGAUGAUCAGAGUAACGGUGACUCUUAAAAUUUGGGUUUACCCAUAUUAUGCAUCUUCUUUCCCAGCCAGAAUUUUCAUCUGCUGUGCCUUUGUCUGUGGGGGACCAGUGCUGAUCUUAUGUUCCAUGGAACCUUUGUUGUACACUAGGAACUCAAUAUAUAGCUAGUGUUCGUAAGAGCUUUCUUCAGUUUUUCACUCCUUUGUCAGACCUUCACAUCCCACAUCAGAGCCAGAGUAAUUUUGUCUGCAUAUGUUCAUGUGCUUAAUGACUGUUCAUUGCUUUUCUGUAGAAUUUGUCAGAAUGGUAAAAAUGAUUUUGCUGUAAUUGUAAUUGGUAUUUUCCCACUAAUUUACUACACGUCACUGCAUUUUUCCUGUGGUGGUGCUGCGGUAGCGUUGUCGCCUCACAGUAAGCUGUUGUCCCAUUCGAUUCUCAGCUAGAGCGUCUUUUGUGUGGAGACAUGCGUGAAUGGGCGUACCUUCGUUGAA